UGUGCAGCGGCCGGCUGCACGACGCCCCCUCCCAUUCCAGCCCCGCGCGGGCUCGGGAUCGCGGGACAGUGGCGGCCUCAGCGAGGUCGGUUGGGGACUGUCCUCCCGUAAGUCCCUUUCCAUGUCCCCGCCAGACGACAGACUCCUCUGGGCGACAGAUGGCCCUGGGACUCAAAACCACCCUUUCCCAAUGCCGAGGACUCGGGAUGGAGGGUCUACCCUGUCCAGCGCCUUCUCUCACCCGGGGGUCGCGCCGGCAGCUGCCCCGCCACCAGCCACCAUGUUCAACCAGCAGCAGCAGCAGCAGCUCCAACAACAGCAGCUCCAGCAGCAGCAACUGCUUCAGCUCCAGCAGCUGCUCCAGCAGUCUCCACCCCAGGCCCCGCUGCCCAUGGUUGUGAGCCGGGGCCUCCCCCAGCAGCCACCGCAGCAGCAGCCUCUGAAUCUCCAAGGCACCCCCGCGGCCUCCCUCCUCAAUGGCUCCAUGCUACAAAGGGCUUUGCUUCUGCAGCAGUUACAAGGACUGGACCAGUUUGCAAUGCCACCAGCCACGUAUGACAGUGCCGGUCUCACCAUGCCCACGGCAGCAUUGGGAAGCCUCCGAGGCUACAACAUGGCAGCCCCUAGCCUGGCAGCCCCCAGCCUUACACCACCCCAGCUGGGCCCUCCAAAUCUGCAGCAGUUCUUCCCCCAGGCCACUCGCCAGUCCCUGCUGGGCCCUCCUCCUGUGGGGGUCCCUAUGAACCCCUCCCAGCUCAACCUGUCUGGGCGGAACUCCCAGAAACAAACCCGGAUCCCCUCUUCCACCACUCCUAAUCGCAAGGAUUCUUCUUCCCAGACGGUGCCUGUAGAAGACAGGGCAGACCCCCCAGAGGGGUCUGAGGAAGCCGCAGAGCCCCAAACGGACACAUCUGAAGACGAGCCCUCACCUGUUUGCCCAGAUGACAGCGUGAGCGAGAAACACACCCUUACACCUGAGCCUGAGCCAUGUGAGGAGUCCGAGCCACCAGCCAAGAGGUCAAAAACCUCAGAGGAGCCCACCGAGAAGGGGACUCCAGGGCAGCUACAGGCCAAGGUUCAGCCACAGGCCCGGAUGACAGUACCGAAGCAGACACAGACCCCAGAGCUGCUACCUGAGCCCCUGGAAGCCCAAGUGCUGCCACGUUUCCAGCCACAGGUUCUGCAGAUCCAGGCCCAGGCGCAGCCACAGUCUCAGCCACCAAGGCCUCCAGCGGAGACACAGGUGCAGCCAAAGCUGCAGAAGCAGGCACAAACCCAGACCUCUCCAGAGCACUCAGUGCCACAGGAGAUGCAGGCGCAGCCCCAGGUACAAGCACAGCCCCCACGGCAGGUGCAGCUGCAGGAGGCAGAGACGCAGAAGCAGGUGCAGCUGAAGGCCCAUUUACAGCCCUCAAGGCGGGAGCAGCCACCCCCACAGCUGCAGAAGCAGGCUCAGACUCAAACAGAUCCACAGGUACACGCCCAAACACAACUACAGGAGCGGCCUUCAGGGCAGGUGCCACUGCCGCCACCAGAGCAAACCCAGAGCCAGCCUCAGAGCCAGCCGCAGGGGUCUGUCCCCACAGCAGAGCAAGCACUGGUUCCGGCUCAUGCCACCGUACUGGAGAUGCCACCUAGCAUGGCAGCAGCUGGGGGAGGAAUGGAGGAGGCCUCACCGGAGUCAGUGUGCGCCCAGGUCAGUGAGGACGCAAACCAGAAGGAGUCAGCCAGUGGUCUGGACGUGGGAGAAUGUGAAAAAAGGAUGUAUGGUGCUGGGGGCUCCCUGAAGGUCACCAUCCUACAGAGCAGCAACAGCCGGGCCUUUAACACCAUACCCCUCACGACUGGGCCCCGUUCUGGCGACCCCGGCUCCACCACCCCUGUGGCCUCCAGCACAUCCUCCAAGCAGCCCCUGCAGUUCUUCUGCUGUAUCUGCAAAGCCAGCUGUAGCAGCCAGCAGGAGUUCCAGGACCACAUGUCAGAGGCUCAGCACGAGCAGCGACUCGGGGAGCUCCAGCACACAAGCCAAGCCUGCCUGCUGUCCCUGUUGCCUAUGCCCCGGGAUGUCCUGGAGAGAGACACAGAAGAUCCUCCACCGAGGCGCUGGUGCAACACCUGCCAAGUGUACUACAUGGGGGACCUGAUCCAACACCGCAGGACCCAGGACCACAAGAUUGCCAAACAAUCCCUGAGGCCCUUCUGCACUGUUUGCAACCGCUACUUCAAGACCCCACGCAAGUUUGUGGAGCAUGUGAAGUCUCAGGGACACAAGGACAAGGCCAAGGAGCUAAAGAUGCUUGAGAAGGACAUAGCCAGCCAAGACGAGGAUCACUUCAUCACAGUGGACGCCGUGGGCUGCUUUGAGGGCGAUGAGGAAGAGGAGGAGGAGGAGGAGGAUGAAGAGAUUGAGGUUGAGGAGGAAUUCUUGAAGCAGGUGAGGUCCAGAGAUAUAUCCAUAGAGGAGUGGAAGGGUUCAGAGACCUACAGCCCCACCACUGCGUAUGGUGUGGACUUCCUGGUGCCUGUGAUGGGCUAUGUCUGCCGUAUCUGCCACAAAUUCUACCACAGCAACUCGGGGGUGCAGCUCUCCCACUGCAAGUCCUUGGCCCACUUUGAGAACCUGCAGAAAUACAAAGCGGCCAAGAACCCCAGCCCCACCUCCCGGCCCGUGAGCCGCAGGUGCGCAAUCAACGCCCGGAACGCCUUGACUGCACUGUUCACCUCCAGCAGUGGCAGCGGCCGCCUGCCCACCCAGCCCAGCCCCCAGGACACAGCCAAAGCCCCCAGCAAGGGUUAGGGUAGUCACAGUGUCCUGCCUGAGAGUGUCCUGCCAGGUGCCAAGCCUCCUUUGCACUUCCUUCAGCAGCUACCUAGAGGCCAGAGCCCACCUUCUGGCAUCUGGUAAUCAAAGCUUCUGUCCCAGACAGGCUAUAAUCUCCAAUCCUUCUGUGACCUCUUUCACCUUCAGGAUAAAGUACCCAGCAGAUUCUCCCAGGCCCUGGAACAGGGACCAGCCCCUGCUCCCCUCCCUAGUCCCAUCUUCUGAGCCUCUUCCUCUCUUCCUACCUGCCUUUGCCUAUCUCAGGCCCUUUGAAUGUGCUGGGUCUUCUGUCUUCCCUCCUUUCCUCUCCUCUCCUCUUGGAUAAAUCCCACUUGUCUUUCAAGUCUCAGUAUGGAUGAGGUACCCUCCCAGUACCCCAGACCAUAUCAGGCCUCUAUCUUGAUCCCCCAGCCCGCCUUCCCCUCCACAGCCCUCCCUUCAGGAAUGACUGCUAUGAUUACUUGAGUGCUGUUC